GAUAUCAUGUUCCCAUAGUGAUCGCCAUUUUGGUUUUUCCUGAAAACGGGAGCUUUUUGCACUUUGUGGGAAAUGUCCAAGGGAACAACAAUCAAGGACGCCUUGGCGCUUUGGGAAAAGAAGCAUGAGUGUAAAGCUUCAGAAUCAACAGAAGUCAAACUAUAUGCACAAUAUCCGCCAAUAGAAAAGAUGGAUGCUUCCUUGUCUAUGUUGUCAUGCUGCGAAAAGCUGUCCUUAUCCACAAACUGUAUUGAGAAAAUUGCCAAUCUCAAUGGUUUAAGGAAUCUGAAAAUCCUGUCACUGGGACGAAAUAACAUCAAAAAUCUCAAUGGUUUGGAGGCUGUUGCAGAGACACUUGAAGAACUUUGGAUAUCCUAUAAUAACAUUGAAAAGCUAAAGGGUAUUGGUGUACUCAAGAAACUUAAGGUUCUGUAUAUGUCAAACAACCAAGUGAAGUCUUGGGAAGAAUUUCAAAAACUGGGUGAUCUGGUAUCCCUGGAAGAUCUACUUUUUGUUGGUAACCCACUAGAGGAGAAGCACUCAGGCGAUGGUGACUGGAGAGACCAAGCCACUAGAAGGCUGCCUCGUCUGAAAAAGCUUGAUGGUAAGAACUUGUUUGGUAUCAAAAUAACACUAUCCAUUAAACGGUUCCCUGUAAUCACUAUCACGACAACAAUCUCGAUCAUGAUCUCCAUCUCCAUCUCCAUCUCCAUNACCAAAUUCAGUAAUACAUAG